AUGGCGGGAAAAACAAGGUCACGUGCAGAGGAAGACCCCAUGGAAAGAACGUAUAACGACAUACUAUUAACUGCUAUUGGCAAUAAUUUCCCUCACUAUACCAAACUUAUUGUUGUUAUUAGGAACAGUGAAGGAAAUGUAAUUUUUUUGGACGAUUAUGUCAAUUCAUCGUCGCAACAUGCAGAAGUUGUAAUGCUCUCCAAUUUUGAGUCUGAUGGUGAACUCUCAACUGACCUUUUCUCUAUCACUCUGACCAUCAACUACUCACCCUGUAGCGACUGCGCAGCAAAGUUGAUAUCAUUUUACGAAGAGAACAAAUACAGGAUAGACAAUUUUACCAUUCGAUGUUCAACUUUAUACAGAAUAAAGGAAAACAGAAGUGGCCUAAAGGAUCUAAUCAACGCAGGUAUUGAUUUGGAAGCAAUGAAUGAAGACUAUUGGGAAGAGUUAGCCGACUUAACCAACGUAGAGUCCCAAAAGUAUCACCAGUACGAGGAAAAAAUUGACGAAAGAGACCUAAACACGUCAAGUCACCUGCGAAAAUUGCAGCAGGAAAUUGACGAGGACAAAAGUACCGAUGAGCAAUCUACACAUGAAGAAUUUACAGAUGAGGAUGGACUAGCUGCAGGCUUCGAGAGUUUGAACUUAACUGACGAUUAA